AUGUACGAAGCUAAAGGAAAUAAAGAAAUCAAACAGGCUACAGUAAAAUGGAACGAAGACACAAUAUAUGCACUAGGACUUUACAAACGCGUGACAACUUUAGUCGGUAUUUGGCCAACAAACAACCGAAUUUUAACUGGGAUACAAAUUGGAGUAUACAUAACAUUUCACCUAUCGUCAGUUUUUAUCUUCUUUCAAAAAUUUCUUGAAUAUGGAAACUGUGGUACUACUAUGGAAAUUGUUGACACUUUAAGUGUUUGCAUGGCGUCUGUCCAGAUAUGCAUCAAGUCAUUUAUUGCUUGGUUCAAAAAUCAUGAAUUUCAACAUGUUGUUGACUCAGCGGUAAUGGAUUGGUCAUGUGUUGUCGAGAAACAAUCUCAUUCAGUAAUGUUGGUAUACGCAAGAAAAGGGAGAGUUUUACUAAUGUGUCAAAUGGCUGUCGGUUUUUCAACUGCAUUUCCACUGAUGCUCGAUAGAUUUCCAAAAAUAGUUGAAGUUAUCGAUGAAGUGAAAAACGAGAGCAUAUUCGUAAGGAACAUCCCUCUUCUUCCACGAUGCUGGAUUUCACUAACAAUGUCUGAAUAUAGUUACCUUGCCUACUGGACUUUGGUAGUCAUAUUUAUUUGGACUCUCAGUAUUGCGGCUGUUUGUUGUAAUGCCUUUGUUCAUGGUUUCGGCUUAUACGUUUACACUCAAUUUGAAAUUUUAUGUACUAGUAUUAAUGUAAUCAAUGGCAAUGAAAAUAUAAGUGAACAGCGCAGGUUAAUUAAAAUGUUUGCGAGACGACACAAUCAUCUUUUGAAUAUUGCUAAUGAUUUAGAAAAUGGAAGCACGUUUAUCAUUUUAAGUGAGGUUACUAUUGUCAUUUUCGUUGGAUGUAUCGCUGGAGUUAUGCUACUUAUUGGAUUACGAGAUCAUGACAGUCAAACAAUUAUCGCAAUGGUCAUCAGAUUGAUAUUGGUUAUGAUGCAAUUGUUCAUCUACAAUUUCAUGGGUGAAUGUUUAUCGAAUCAAACUGAAAAAUUACAGACUGCAAUUUAUAAUUGUCCUUGGUAUGAACUGUCAUCUCGUACUGCUAAAGAUAUGAAACUCAUCAUGAUACGGAGUAACAACCCAUUUCGUCUAACUGCCGGUAAACUAUCUGAUAUGAAUUUAAUUUCUUUUAAAUCUGUUGUAAAGUCGAUGUUUUCAUUCUUCUCGGUGUUAAGACUUAUGCUACAAAAUUGAUGUCAAUUUUCUAUUUUUAGUGAAUAGAUUAUUACGAUUAUUGAAAAAUUAGUCAAGAG